AUGGCAGGUCGCCGGUGGGCUGCGACGUCAGCCCUCUGCGUGUGCGUGGCAGCCGUGUCCCUCCUGCACACCGGCGGGGUGCGGGCAGACUGCUGGCUCAUCGAGGGGGACAAGGGCUUCGUGUGGUUGGCCAUCUGCAGCCAAAACCAGCCCCCCUAUGAGUCCAUCCCCCAGCAAAUCAACAGCACCAUCGUGGACUUGCGGCUGAACGACAACAAGAUCAAGAGCGUGCAGUACGCUUCGCUCAGCCGCUUUGGCAACCUGACAUACCUCAACCUGACGAAGAACGAGAUCUCCUACAUCGAGGAUGGUGCCUUUUCAGGACAGUUCAACCUCCAGGUGCUGCAGCUGGGUUACAACCGACUGAGGAACCUCACCGAGGGCAUCCUCCGGGGCCUGGGGAAGCUGGAGUACCUCUAUCUCCAGGCCAACCUCAUCGAGUCCAUCACCCCCAAUGCCUUCUGGGAGUGCCCCAACAUAAUGAACAUUGACCUGUCCAUGAACAGGAUCCAGAGACUUGACAGCAACACCAACACGUUUCGGGGCCUAAACAAGCUCUCUGUCUGUGAACUCUACAGUAACCCCUUCUACUGCUCCUGCGAGCUCCUCGGCUUCCUGCAAUGGCUGGAAGCAUUCACCAACAUGACACGCACCUAUGACCGGAUGCAGUGCGACUCCCCCCCCGACUACACGGGCUACUACUUGUUAGGCCAAGGCCGGACCAGCUACCGCAAUGCUCUGAGCAUGCUCUCUUCCCUUUGCACUGGUGGCUCCUACACUGUGAUUCCUCGUUUUAUCCCUCCCAGGUACCAGGUGACCACGGUGCCCUCUGAAAUCCCCUGCUCCGAGGAGGAGUGCUCCUCCGGCGAUGGCACAACGCCGCAGUUCUCCCUCUUCACACCCAUCGGCGAAACGGAGGUGCGCCCCAACAUCCAGGUGAAGCACCUCAACCACAACUCGGCCGUCCUCACCGUGCAGAUCCCCUACCCGUUCAGCAAGAUGUAUAUCCUCUCCCAGUUCGAAAACGGCUUCUCCUCCAUGAUCACCAAGCUCAGGAAGAAGGAGGAGAACAUCACCGUGAGCAACCUAGUAGCACAAAGAGAUUACACCUACUGUGUAGUCUCCGUCCACCAAUACUCCAAGUACAACCACACCUGCGUCACCAUCACACCCACCAGACCCAACCGCAAGGAGACAGUGCCCACCCCUUCCACUGCCACUCAUUAUAUCAUGACAAUCCUGGGCUGUCUCUUUGGCAUGGUCAUUGUUCUGGGCGUUGUGUAUUACUGUCUGCGGAAGAGGCGCCAGCAGGAGGAGAAGCACAAAAAGGCUGCCGGCAGCAUGAAGAAGACCAUCAUUGAGCUGAAAUAUGGGCCAGAAAUGGAGACCACCAGCAUCACCCAGCUGUCCCAAGGACAGAUGCUGGGUGGGGAGACGGUGACCCGCAUCCCCUACCUGCCUUCUGCUGGUGAGGUCGAGCAGUACAAGCUGAUUGACAGCAGUGAGACCCCUAAGGCCACCAAGGGCAACUACAUGGAGGUGAGGACGGGUGAGCAGCCUGAGCGGAGAGACUGCGAGCUGUCCCUGCCGCCGGACACCCAGAGCUCUGUGGCCGAGAUCUCCACCAUUGCCAAGGAGGUGGACAAGGUGAACCAGAUCAUCAACAACUGCAUCGAUGCCUUGAAAUCCGAGUCCACCUCCUUCCAAGGGGUGAAAUCGGGGGCAGUCUCCACAGUGGAGCCUCAGCUGGUGCUCUUAUCAGAGCAGAUCCCCAGCAAGCACGGAUUCCUUUCCCCUGUCUACAAGGAAAGCUACAACCACCCUCUCCAGCGACACCACAGCAUGGAGGCGGCCCCCAAACGCUCCAGCACCUCUUCCAGUGGCUCCAUACGGAGCCCCAGGUCCUACCGCUCCGAGGGAUCGGGCCACAAAUCAGAAGCCAAAUACAUUGAGAAGACGUCCCCCACCACUGACACCAUCCUCACUGUGACACCGGCCGCGGCCAUCCUGCGGGCAGAAGCGGAGAAGAUCCGUCAGUACAGCGAACACCGGCACUCGUACCCCAGCUCGCACCAAGGGGAGCAGCAUGACAGCAUGGUGGGGCGAAAGCCCUCCAUCCUGGAGCCUCUGACCCGUCCUCGCCCCAGAGACCUGGCCUAUUCCCAGCUCUCGCCUCAGUAUCACAACCUGAGCUACACCUCCAGCCCAGAGUACACCUGCAAACCAUCGCACAGCAUCUGGGAGCGCUUCAAACUCAACCGCAAGCGGCACAAAGACGAGGAGGAGUAUAUGGCAGCCGGCCAUGCCCUACGCAAAAAGGUCCAGUUUGCCAAAGACGAGGAUCUUCACGACAUCUUAGACUACUGGAAGGGCGUCUCUGCCCAGCAAAAGUCUUGA